AUGGAAACAAGACAUCCUGGAGCGACACCCGUGCGGCCUGAGGAAUGGUGGGAGGGUCGGCCGCGCCCCUACUUCGCUCAUUCACCCGCCAACCUCACCGUCAUCUCCGGCCAGACCGCCUUCCUGCCCUGCCGCGUCCACAUGCUUGGGGACCGAUCCGUGAUGUGGAUGCGGGGGAGAGACCUUCACAUCCUGACCGUGGGGAAGGUGACAUACUCCGCCGACGAGAGGUUCCAGAUACUGCACAGCCACGAGACGGACGACUGGACGCUGCAGAUCCAGUACACUCAGCCCAGGGACGCCGGGGCCUACAAGUGCCAGGUGAACUCCGACCCCAAGAUUGUGAGGAAUGUGUACCUCACUGUUACAGACAAGCGGUUCCUGGACGGACAGCUGUACAAGAUGCCGGCCACUAUCAAGGAGCAAGGUGAGUUCGGGACGCACAUCGUGGGCGGCGGCACCAGGUUCCUGCAGGCGGGGUCGUCGCUGACCCUGGAGUGCGUCGUCACCCACACCCGCGCCCCACCCUCCGCCGUCUUCUGGUACCGCGACAACGAGGUGCUGGACUACGACUCCCCGAGGGGCGGCAUCUCCCUGGAGGUGGAGAAGGCGGGCCAGCAGACCACCUCGAGGCUGCGGAUGUCGUCGGUGCGGGAGAGUGACUCGGGAAACUACACAUGCGUGCCCGUCAACGCGCCCACCGCCGCCGUCACUGUCCACGUCAGCACAGUAGAUGAGCUGCGGGCGGCGGUGCACCAAGGCGGCCUGAGCGGGGCGCGGCGAGUCCUUCCUUUAGGCAGUGGGGGGAGGGUACUGUCCUUCCUGCUGGUGGCGGUGGCGUGGCGGUGGGUGCUGUGCCUCACGUAGCGGCCUGGAGCACGCUAAGGUCAGCGGCGUGUGUCUCCCUCAACGCCUGGGUGUGUGGCGGCCCCUGGAGGAGUAGUGUGGCGCCCCUCAGCAGCACGCCUGGCACACAUACACACACACACACACACACACACACACACACACACACGUUUCACCCCCCCCCCCCCACACACACACACAUACACACACAUUUCUCCCCUCCCCAACACACACACAUACACACACAUUUCACCCCCCCCCCCCACACACACACACCAAGAUUUUAUUGUAUUAUAGGAUUUGAAUUAGUUUUUUUUUAUCAUUAAUUUAAAGCCAAUGCAACUAAGGCUAAGCUCACAAAUUUCUUUAACGAUGAAGAACAUAAAUUUUGCACCGUAAUUACCAGGCGAUAUGUGAGUGUCGCUAAAACGGGAUGGGAAAAAUAUGGUGAUGGAACUGUUUGUUAUGAAGAGUAAGGUGCUAAUGAUGAAAAUAAAUACAGUGAUGAGAAUAGAAAUAAUAAGCAAAAAAGACAAACAAUAAAUCAAACAUCAAAGGAAUCACCUUCACCAAAACACUCUCACCAACGCGAUUAGCACCACCACCAUCACCACCACUAACACCACCACCACUCCCACAAGCACCAGCACUACCACAACCACCACUGCCACUAACACCACCACCAUCAUCACUAACGCGAAGUCAUCAACACCGCUACCACCUGCACAAACACCUGCACCACCACCACCACCAACAACAACAACAACAACAACAACAAAAACAACGCCAACAGCAACACUUAUCACCACCAUCACCACCACCAACAACAACAACAACAAUAACAUCAAGCAGCUCAGUGACGGGCAAAGAGGACUAAUCCCCCCCCCUUUCCCCUCCCCCAUUCACGAGGUGCUACGCCACACACACAUACACACACACACACACACACACACACACACACAUGCACACAAGCAGGGUCUAAACAAACAGUCAUUUUCAAGCACCAGGAUUUACGCUCACUCAUUACGUGUUUUUUUCUCCUCCAUUCUUCUCUCUUACUCCCCGCGCCUUUUCGUCCGUUUGUGUCGUCGCUAAAGAGAGGUUUCCCGGGAGCCUGACGUGCACCUGAGCAGAGAGAGGGAGAGAGAGAGAGUGAGGGAGAACUCUGGCGGAAGCUGGAAUUAUUGUGUCGUAAAAUGGGUUACUCUCUCAGUCCCUGACGGAGGCAUCAGCUAUUCUGUGUGUCUCCCUGACUCGCCGGCUCGUGCGUUUGUGUAUGGCGGUGUCCGUAUAAUUGUUUUCUUUCCCUUGCUUAUAUGAUCCAUCUCCUUGCACCUGUCUACGCUGGCUUUUUCAUGCUUAACUUUUUUGCUCUUCUUGUUGCGCCUGCGUUUUAUUUUGUCUUUGGCUGAUUAUUAUUUUACUUUACCUAUAUUUAUCAAUCUGUGUGUGUGUGUGUGUGUGUGUGUGUGUGUAUGUGUGUGUGUGUGUGUGUGUGUGUGUGUGAAUGCGGCAGGUCAGUGAGUGCACCACCUCGGCCCCUUGCAGCCCUCACGCCUGCCGCGGUAACGAGCAGUGUUUGCCCCGCCACCAGGGACCGGGGCUGCGGGUGCGAGGCUCGUGUCCCGCCUUUGCUGUGUGGCAUAGGUUGUGCUGCUGCCUUGCCCCGCCUGGCUGGUUGUGUGACGCUGAUUUCUUCCCUGCCACCAUGCGGAACGUCAAUUCGCCUCUAAUAAAAAUAUAAAUUAUGGAGUUUUGUUCGUUUGGUAGUUUAGUAGGUUAAUCAUAUUAUUCUAUUUAUAUAUAUAUUUUUACCUAUAGUGCAUCAAUAUGGAUUUUUUUAGUACUCUCAGGUACUUUACGGAUGACUGCAACGUUUCGGUAUUCAAUGGUCAAACAGUAGAAAUGCUGAUUUUCGUGUUAGGUUUACCGGCGAGACGCUUUUUGAUUCAGUUGUGCGAAUGUGACUAAGGCUCUCGUCCCUGAGUUGUGAGUGCACAUCACCAUAAACCACUUUACCGUUCAAAGGCUGCGGCUGCUCGCUAUCACGUGGCCGGGAAAGUGUUACGUGCUCUGCUCCGCUGCUGUGACCCUCCCUCUUAUGUUCUGAUUCAGUGUAUUGAUGUAGUAUACUGGUGUCGAUGGGAUUUGAUAUUUGUUAUUUUCCUUACUCUAAAAGAAGUAUCAUAACGUAAACAGCUUGAUAAAAAUACAAGGCGCCGCGGCCCUUCUAAUGGCCCUGUACAGCACGCCGGGCACGUAGGCGUGUCUCGGGGGGCGUGGAGGGCACGUGUUGGGGGAAGCUCACCAAUAGUUGUGGAUGUUUCAGGUUAAAGGAAUUCUCUGGGGUUUAGAUUCAGUUGCUUGGCAGUGAUUUACGUUCAUUCUGGCUUCUUGAAGAGUCAAUGGUAAAAGGAACCUUAUUAACAACUAAAAAAUCAAGUGAUGAACAAAAUGCCAGAGUACGUUCAAGUGAAUUGUUCUGCAGGUUACAUAUGUGUAAUACCCACCUUAGAGUUUUAGGUGUAAUUUAUAACCUAUAUUUUUGGGGUUUGAAAAAGGAUUACAUCUAUUUAAGCAUUAAAUGCUCAACGCUCAUAAUAACCGCCCGCCGGCGUUGCCUGGUGCUCAAGACUUAUUUGCUCAUCUUGUAAUGAUGUGAAUAUUAGUUCAAUAAAUCGGGGUGUUGAAUAAUAUUAAAUAUGACUAUACCCAGUUCAGCUGCUCAGAAUGCUCAUGUUUACUUUUCAAUCAUUCCGCAAGAAUGAACGACGAGGAAGGUUAUGCCCGACACCUGCACAGAUUCGAAGCUUCGCCAGGUGAUCCGCUUAAACUUGUUGACUAACAUCCUGCAGUGAUAAAACGGGCGUCCGCGGAGUCAAAAAUAAUUAUAAGAAAAACGGUUGAAAGUACAUACAGUAUACAACAAUUAUAAUUGGAAGCACGAGUGUUGUCAGCCAGUGACAAAGUCAACAGUUAUAACAACGUACCUGACAUUACUUAAUUUAUUCGUAUGUUUUCACUUGUUUUCCUCUGCUUUUUCAUCAUGUUGAAUUUCUUUACGAGCAAUGUCAGACGGAAAUUUCUUUUUGUUUUCUGCACAUUAACAUUAGUGUCAACUUUUACUGAGGCCGUGAGGCGGCCCCCGCCCCUACACCUCUGUGCCCGACUCCCGGUGUGGAGCACCGGCUGUCCUGCUCUUUCACAGGUGCGUUGCUUGAUUAAGUUGGCUUAAACUCUCUGAGCAGCAGCCUGUCUGUUCAAGCUUGAUUUUUGUUCUCUUCCCUUACGUAUAAUUGGAAUUUUUUUUAUAAAAAUUAAAUGGACAAAUAUACCUAUGAGGCAAUUUUCGUAACAGCUGUCUUGUGUGUGUUCAGUGUGCAUCUCGUGGCGGUGUUGGUGUGGUGGAAAGUGUAGUGCAAAAAGGUGCCUGGGAUUGCGUAUCCUGGAAGCUCUUUACUGGCAUCAUGUGACCGCAUUAAUUAACCUGUAUAGUUAUGUAUUAUAUAUUUGUAAUCACAAUCAUAUUGGCAAACAUAUUUUGAAUUAUGAUGUAUUUCGUGUAUUUUCGCUCAUUUUUUUACAGCCGAAGCGUCACCUGUUUGUGCAGAGUAAGGGUCAGGUAGGUGGCGGGCGUCGCAUCCGUCAGUACUCGCUGAGGUGCACGGAAAGGAAAAGUGAAUCACGUUUUUUGAUGUGUUACACACGCCCAGAACUUUAACUGCGCCCCUCCUCCCAGUGGGUGAAAGGAUAAGUUGGAAACGUGGAAACAACAAUACGCCGCCAGCAAGUGGUUGUGUUAUGUUACUCUUCGCCAUCAUUUUGUGAGCAAUGAUAGUGACGCUACAUCCAAAGUCGUUGAUCGAAAGUGUUAAACGGACAUCUUGAAACUACAGUAUACUAUUGACAGGUGUGUGUGUGUGUGUGUGUGUGUGUGUGUGUGUGUGUGUGUGUGUGUGUGUGUGUGUGUAUCAGCGUAGUCUGCAUGGCUGAGGUCGUCGGCAGGUCUCCGUGUGUGUGUUGGAAGAGCCUGGACACACGUGGGCCCUCUAUGCCACGCCUUCGCCUCCCCCCUCGCACCAGGCUCACCCACGGCUCCCCUGCCAGGGUGUCUGCGGCGGCCACACACCUUCACCUUCGGCCCAGCGCGGCUCACCUGCUCGCCGGGACGCUCACGGCAGCUCAUCAACGCACGUUUGUAAUAUAAAUAUCUCAUGUCAUAUUCACGUAUAUAAAUAUUUUUUGUAUAUAUAUGUAUACAUGUUUGAGUGUAAUGUUUCUAUGUGCGAAUAUGUUCGUCACAAUAAUCAUGCUUUUGUGUAUAUGUACAUUCAUGACUUCGUGAGAGACUCGUGGAAAUCAGUAUGUCCUUGCGUAUACAUGGUUUUAUUUUGUAAAUAAAUUCAAAAAGUUCAACCAACCUAAUAAGCAUGGAGUCAGUACAAUCGCAUCUUCCCAUCAGUGAAAGGCAGCGGUUCCGGGAAUUCCAAUUGUACAGUCGCACCUAAAAUGUAAAUAUAUUACACAAACACUGUCAGAUACACGUCACGCAGCCCUCGCCGAGCCUGGCUGCAGGUGAAUGUAUGCGUUGUAUAUCGACAAGCCAGAAACAAAAUCAUCGACGAAAUCAAGUUUGUUCCCUUUCUCAUUCAGCUUUUACGGCAAGUGUGUAUCGCCGCGGUUAUUGUUCCGAUUCUGAGAAAGGAAUAAACCCAGCCCCCAGUGGACCUGUGUGAGGGUCGGUGGACAGGCUGCCCCACGAGGCGUGUACGACAGAGGGCUGGAAAGGAAGGUCUCGCCCCCUGCUCAGGUAGAUUCCAUUCCGAAACAGAGUAAUAACACACACACACACACACACACACACACACACACACACACACACACACACACACCACUGAGCUGAGUCAAUCCUCUUUUCACAAACCUCGUUGCCAGCAAUACGGAGGCUGCGCAGUGGACCACGUAGAACUUCGGUAGGUCUCAUUGUAACGUUAUAUUUUCAUAUUGUACUCCUGGCUGGCUUCGUCAAAUAAAGCUGAA